AUGCCCCGUUUGAUAAGUCCAGAGGAUGUCCUUUUGGCCGGCGAGGCCUCCGCAUAUAUGCACCAGUUUGGAGAUGCAGCUCUCGUCCCCGCCACAGCUUUUAGUCAGCAAACGCAUCACGACAACGGAGGUGGGCUUGGAAUGGGCGAAACCACUACGUACGUUUCUCAGAUCAAUAUACCGGAUUACUGGAUUGGACCGUCGUCAGGAGUUAUGGUGGGCAACGAAUUAGGAGGAGCGCCUUUGAUGGCUGGGACACAAAUCCCCACAUAUCCGUUGACAGAGGCCGCACAAGGAUCGCCCUCUGACAAAUCAGCAUCCAUCUCCGCAGACGUUGGCCCGCUAGCCCGAGCCAGAAAGUCAACAAGUGAUCGUGAGCCAGUCCAUUCCAGGUUUGUUGAGCAUACCCCGUUGGUGGAGAUCAAACUGUCGAAGGAGCUGGAGAUUGAUACUAUGUUGGAUUGGCUGGAAAAGGACAACAAUAAUGCGAUUAUCAAAGGACGCCAGAAAACUAGCGUAGGAACCACGGAGUCAGCCAGGCAGGCUUUUAAAAGAGCAGCUACCUACCUCUUCGAAAAGACAGGGGUCCGUAUUACGGGGACCGCACUGUACAGUCGAUGGCAGAGGCAUAAGGCCUUGUACAAGAAAGUAGCGAAGAUGGCGGAAGGAACAGGAGCAGGUUUGGGAGAUGACGACGGAGUUAGUACCUUUGACGAACUCCUUGAGAGAAAAUGCCCAGGAUAUGGACGCAUGGAUGCCCUCUACUGCAACACCCCUCUAAUAGCCCCCCUUGGUCAUGCAACGACUGGAAAAGACGGGUUGAACGUAUCUAAACUUGGCCGCACCACUACCUCCUUGGCGAGGUCCAGACUUGGUACUUACAGCAACGACGAUGACGAAGAGGAGCAGAAUAACAGCGGUGCAGGAGAGUAUCCGGUGGAAGGAGAGUACGUUUCUGUUGGAUGA